ACAUCAUCCGCCUGGUGAGGGGGGGAAGUUUGAUCCUCUUUCUCACGGAUCGCAGUCAACGGGAGUUUUUGCCUCCCAACUCUUUGCCUGGGAUUUUUUUUUUCCCCCACUUUUGCUUGGUUUGUUUUUUUUUAUUUUCGGAUUUUCUUCCCCGCACAACGUGUUAAAUCCCGGCGCAGUGUCUGCAGCGCGCGCACUCCGCUAAACUGGAUUUUAAUUUUAUUUCUGUUUUCUUCCCGACUCCUAAGUUUCCUUCGAGCUCAUGACUAUGCUUCUUGACAGCGGUCCGCAGUUCGCAUCGUUAGGAGUGGGGGGUUUUGGGACGCCGCGGCAUCACGAAAUCGGCAACAGAGACCCGAGUCUGGGACUGAAUCCCUUCUCCGACUCCUCUCACUCCGCCGCCUUCAAAAUCAGCCCCGUGGCGCACGACAUCGCUUCCGGCCAGACGUCCGCGUUCACGCCGCAAGCCACUGGAUAUGCGGCCGCCCUGGGACACUCUCACGGCGGGCAGGUGGGCUCGUACGGCGGGGGAGCCUUCAACUCCACGCGGGACUUUCUGUUCCGGAACCGGGGCGUGGGGGACUCCGGCGCGCCGGGCGCGCAGCACGGGAUCUUUGCGUCGUCCGCGGGGAGCCUGCACGGCCCGCCGGGGAUCACCGACAACCAUUUGUUGUUCCCGGGACUCCACGACCAAGGAGUGAGCCACACGUCUUCGGGCGGACACGUAGUGAACGGCCAGAUGCACCUCGGCUUGCGCGGGGACAUUUUCGGAAGACCCGACCCGUACCGUCCCGUGGCCAGCCCCCGGACGGACCCCUACGGGGCUCAGCUCCACAACUACAACCACCCCAUCAACAUGAACAUGGGCAUGAAUGUGCCCACGCAUCACGGUCCGGGGGCCUUCUUCAGAUACAUGAGGCAGCCGAUCAAGCAAGAGUUGUCCUGCAAAUGGAUAGACGAGAACCAGAUGAACCGACCCAAAAAGACGUGCGACAGGACUUUCAGCACCAUGCACGAGAUGGUCACGCAUGUGUCCAUGGAGCACGUCGGCGGUCCCGAGCAGAGCAACCACGUCUGCUUCUGGGAGGACUGCCCCAGAGAGGGCAAAUCUUUUAAGGCCAAGUACAAACUCGUCAACCACAUCCGCGUGCACACGGGCGAGAAACCGUUCCCGUGCCCGUUCCCCGGAUGUGGGAAAAUAUUUGCGAGGUCGGAAAAUUUGAAAAUCCACAAAAGAACACAUACAGGUGAGAAGCCGUUUAAGUGUGAAUUUGAUGGCUGCGACAGACGCUUCGCCAACAGCAGCGACAGGAAAAAGCACAUGCAUGUGCACACAUCAGACAAGCCAUACAUCUGCAAAGUGUGCGACAAGUCAUACACACACCCCAGCUCUCUCAGGAAACACAUGAAGGUACACGAGUCUCAAGGUUCGGAAUCGUCUCCAGCAGCCAGCUCCGGAUACGAGUCGUCCACACCGCCGGUCCUGGUCUCAGCCAGCACCGAGGACCCGACAAAAACGCCGCCGUCAGCCGUGCAAAACACGUCUGGCCACAGCGAAGGACUGGCACCAAACUUUAACGAAUGGUACGUUUGAAGAACAGCUUACCCUCUCUCAGCGCGGACCACGAGGAUGAGGAUAAAUGAGGAGUAACCCUUAAAGAAAAAAAAAAACUAUUCCAUGUUACUUCACAAGCAUACCAACACACACACACACACACACACACAAACGGGAUUGGAAGAACAACAACGGGAGAUGAGAGCAAAGGCCAGCACCAAGCAGGCCACGUCCGUUCUCAGGAUCAGGAAAUUUGACUUUUACACCGCAGUUUUGAAGAAAAACAAAAUCAAUCACGACUAAAAUAAAACAACAAAAAAACACCAUACUUUCUCAGUAUAAAUAAAUGUUUUUUUUAUCUUUUAGUUUACAGAUUUCAGAAAAAAAAGUAAAUUGUUUUAUUUUUCAUUUUAUGUAUUUUCUCAAAUUUUUAUUUAAAAAACAAAUGAAAAAGGAAGCUUAUUUCACGCUGUUUUAUAUGAUGAGGGUGACGCGCAACUGUCGCCUCUUCAAUUGAUUGUUGACACUUCAAACAGUCUUAAGAAACGUGCCAAAGUCUUUGUCAUGAACUUGAACACAGAAAAAAAAACAUAAAUAAAUAUUAUACUCGUGAAUGUAUUUCCUUGUUUGAUGGGGUCGAAUAUGUUGUCAACGUCCGUUUUCAGGUGGAGACAUGUGGUAUUAGGUUACGAUUGUUGCCGUUGAAUAUAACGUUGCCUUUUGUUAAUACCGUUGUAAAUACAUAUCCAUGAUGCCAUAUUUAUCAAUUUGUAAUUUAAUUAUGGUUAUAAGUUCUGAAACUUAAAUGAUAUUUAUGGAAAUGUUUUCUAACCAGAACUGUACAGUUUUUGGUCAUAACCAGCUUAACAUUGAAGAAAUGAUAAACUCUAAAGCUCCAACAUCGCGAUUGUAUCCUUCUUUGUUUUUUUUCUCUUUUUAACCAAUAGGCCUACAUGUGUCUUAUUUGGAUUAAAAAAAAGUCAUCUAUAUGAAUAUUAUGGAAUUUGUCUAUAUAUAAUGCAGAUAUUUCCGUCACUUUUAUCUUCUUUAUGAGACCAUUGACAUGUAUAAAAUCAUUGACUUUGUAGACCUGAGUUCAGUUAAGCUGAGAAGCUAAAAGGGGUUCUGUUGAUAUCUUCAUUUUUGGUUAAAUUUAAACUUUUUGUGUAUUUUACUUUUAUAGAAUCAGAAAUAGAUGUCAAUUUCUUAGCAUAAACUCAGUACUGGAUAAAAAGAUAAAAAAGAAGAAACCCAUCAGCCUAUUGCACUCUUAUACAGGUCUUAGACAGUGUGCGGACUUCAUGAUUUCCAAAUCGAGGUGACAGUAUUUUCAGUAUUUCAAAUUGGGGUUAUGUGCCCAAAUUUAUGUGCCUGUAUGGCAAUCUUUAUAGUUCCAGCUAUGUCUUUGUGCAAGUAGCCUAUGUUUAAAUGUGUGCAUCGGCAACAAUGGAACUGUCACAACACAGUAUCUUCAAAAAUAAAAAAAGUUUUUUUGUCUGUCAGCUUGCAUUGUUUUAAAUGUAAUUCUUCUGUGAAACUAAGCGUGUUAUUUGUUGUGGUGUUGCAUAUAGAGCAGUUUGAUUACACAUUUGCUUGUUUUGUGUGAAUAACUUGUCAAGAUGACAUUUUUGUGUUUAAACAAAAUUUAGUGGAAGGAAUAAUAGAUCUAUGUGGAAUGGGUGGAGAAUGUGUUAAGUGGCAAAAAGAGUUACAGCAUUGCAUUGUAACCUAUUCUCAAGAAUUAAAUAUUAUGCAUACACAAAGUAUAUUGUACUCAUAUGAGAACAAUUUCAGACCACCAGCACUACUUUUAAAACAAAAUGUAAAAAAAACGGUACCUCUUGACAGUGAUAUAUGAAAUAAGUUUAUUUAAAUAAUUUAAGGAAUAUAUGUUUUAUAUGCUAUUUUCUAUACCUUAAUUUAAAAGAAGUACAUUUUCUUAUUCUCCACACCUUUAUGCCCCAUGUCCAGAGGUUAGAGGAAAAAUAUCUGAUGUAUAAACACAGCUAGAAUGUGAUGUUGUAACACUUUCUAGGAGAAAUGGGUCACACUCCGAGUUAUUCCUGAAGAGCAAAAAUGUUUUACUGAUGAACUGUGUCACUGUGCCACAUUGAGGCAAACCAUGUUACAACAGCAGGCCUAUGCGUUAGCCUAUUUAGCUACCAGAGUCAGACGUUCCUUGUACUUUUUAGGCUACUGUUUGUUGGUUGAUUUGUUUUACCAACUAUUUAUGAAGCAAUGUGAACGGAAAUUUUGAUUGAAAUUAAAAAAAACAUCAUGAAAAGCU